AUGCUGUUCUUGUCCAUGGUCUUCGAAGUCGCAUCUUCUGUUACUUUUCACUUAAUAAUUCAUUACGACACCACCACCAAGAAGAUCUACCACUACGUCAGCACGGCGGGAUACGUGUUCCUCCUGAUGCUCAGCCGCUUCCUCUUUGGCCUUGGGUUUCACGGCCUCCGGACACCGCAACCGACAACUGAACCACGCUUCCUCCAAGUGUUGCUCUUGUCCGUGGCUGUCCUCCUUGCCAUUCCUGCCUCCGAGCUGGCCGAACGCCUGGCCGACCUGUUCGCCAGCAGAGAGGCCGCCCAGCUAGCCACAACACCUCCUCCAGCCACUCUCCUGUGUCCAGCCUCCUGCCAUCAUCCCGGAUGGGUGGUUGCACAGGUCCAGGAACUGUGCAGCGAGCCCAUCCGCAUGCACGAGCUCGUGGCAGCCCUCGAUGGAUGCAAGCGACGCAGCGCCCCAGGAGCAGACGGCAUCACCUUCCAGAUGCUCCGCAACCUGGAGGAAGGAGGGCGUCAACGUCUCCUGGGGCUCUACAACGACGUCUGGAAUACCGGGGGGCUCCCGGAGUCCUGGCGAACUGCGGUGGUGGCACCCAUCCUGAAGCCCCGGAAGAAGGCCACGGCGCUCUCCUCAUACAGGCCAGUAUCGCUCACCUCAGCAGCGUGCAAGGUGCUGGAGAGGGUGGCACUGGAGAGAAUGCAGUGGAUCGCCGACCAACUGGAUUUCUUCCCGGAGCAACAGACUGGCUUCAGGAGACACCGGUGCACUGCCGACUCCAUUGCAGACGUCGUCGCCACCCUGGAGGAUGCCAAGAGCUGCGGAGACGUGGCAAUGCUGCUGCUGCUGGACGUGGAGAGCGCCUUCGACGGUCUCCCGCACGUUGUCGUCGAGGCGGCCAUGGACCAGCUUGGCAUCAGCGGGUGCCUCCGAGGCUUUGUGUCCGCCUUCCUAUCCGGGAGGACCUUCUGCGUCCGUGUUGGAGGGGUGACCUGCCAGCCUAGGGACAUCCCUACCGGUGUCCCACAAGGUUCUGUGCUAAGUCCUUUUCUCUUCAACAUGGCGCUGGCAGGACUUGCAGCCUCCCUCCCGACAGACACCAGGUUCCCGGCCCGCUGCUCCGUCUAUGCUGAUGACGUAGCACUGUGGGCAAGGGGACCAAGGCGGUCCAUUCCUGCCAUCAGGAGGUCACUGCAGGCAGCCCUGGAUGCAGUGAUCUCCUUCCUCGGAAGCAUCGGCCUCAAAGUCUCUGCCACCAAGACCGAGGCCCUGCUGAUCCAUCCACUCGCUGCGGCACGGGUCUACGUGAAGCCACUGAGGGUCGGCAACCGCAGUCUCCCCUGGAGAAAGGAGGUGAGGUAUCUGGGCCUCACUGUCGACCACCGGCUCACCUGGAUCCCCGCUGCGAAGGCCGCCGCCACCAAGGUCCGACGAGUUCAAGGGGCCAUCGGCAAACUGCAGCAGCGUGGCCGUGGAUGCUCCACGAAGUGGGCGCUGCGGCUCAACCAGGCCGCGGCGUCCUCCGUGCUGCUGUAUGCCCUGCCGCUGGUGAACCUGACGCCAGCCAGGAGAUGCCUGCUGGAGGGACUGCACAGAGGAGCCGUGAGGACCAUCCUAGGGCUCCCCAGGUGCUCCCCUGUUGCAGCGACGCUUGCGGAGGCGAGAGAGUGGCCCCUGACGCUACGCAUGCUCCAGCGAGCGUUGGGGCACAUCGACCGCCUCCACCGUGCCGCGGACGGUGCAGCCCUUCUGAAACGCUUGCGCAGCCUGCCAGGAUCCAGGAUGGGAGGCCUCCUCCCAUUGUACCACCAGAUGGUACCGGAUCCACCAGCCCCUGUUGCCUCUCCGCCGCCACACCACCGGCCCCCUGAGGUGCACCUCCACCUGGCCGGGGCAACGAAGCGACGAACUCCUGCAGCAGCACUGCAGCAGGCAGCCUCCUGCAAGCUCCAGGAGCAACUAGAGGGUCGGCUGCAGGUUUUCACGGAUGGAUCCGUGAUGCCAGAUGGGACUGCAGCGUUCAGCGGCGCAGAGCUGGCCGGACUGCACCUGGCAGCUGACCUACUGGCAGAGGACAUCCCAUCAGAGCCUGUCACCGUCCUCUGUGACAGCAAGGCAGCACUACAGAUCCUGGCCAACCAUCGAGACACCGGACUGACCGGAAGCCUCGUGGCGGCCAAGUACCGUGCCCUUGCUGCAUCUGGUGCGUCUGUCUCCUUCCACUGGCUGCCCUCCCAUGUGGGCAUAGCUGGUAACGAGGAGGCAGACGCGCUUGCCAAGGCAGCACACCAGCCUGGCACCACGAUCACCCGGGCCGUCGCGGCUAGGGACUACACGCAGGCCCGUCUCAACAAGCUCCUGGUCACGGUCCACCCAGACUCAAGGGUGGCCAGUGGACGAGGGCCAAAGCUGCUACCAGAGACGGGCCUCACCAGGAGAGAUCGGUCUGCCCUGCUGCGCCUGCGGACCGGCUGUGUGUGGACCGCUGCCCGCCGACAUGCGAAGGGUCUCUGCGCCUCCCCAGCCUGCAGCCGCUGCGGCGAUCCUAAGACCCUCGAGCACCUCCUCUGUGCCUGUCCUGGCUUGGCAUAG